CCGUGGGGGUGCCUAGAGAGGCAAAAUAAUUCUCCAGGUCUGGGGGUCUAGGGCUGCUUGGUUUUGUAGGGUGACUGUUGAAAUUUUUUUUCUUUUUGAGACAGGGUCUUGCUAUGUAUUUCAGCCUGGCCUUGAACUUAUGGGGAUCCUCCUACCUCAGCCGCCUAAGUGCUGAGAUUACAGGCAUGUGGCACCACGCCCGGCUUGUUUAUUUUUUGCAGUACUGGGGAUGGAGCCUAGCACUUCACACAUGCUAGGCAAGCACUUAGCACUGAGCUACACACACAGCCCAGCAGUCAGUUUCAAAAGAGCCGGGCCUGGCCGGAGACUGAGACAGGAGGAUCACUAGUAUUAGUCCAGCCUGGGCAACUUAGUGAGACCUUGUGUCAAAAAAUACACAAAAAGGCUGGGGAUGCAGCUCGGUGUGAAGGUUCCUAGGUUUCAUCCCCAGUGCCGCAAAUGAAACAAAAACUGUGACUGUAUUUUAUAUUAUUUCAUCUUUUUAUCUUGGUGGGAAUCAAAUCAGGGCUUCACACAUGCUAGGGAAGUGCUCUACCACUGAGCCAAAGCCCUAGCCAUAGUUUACAUUUUUCCGUAGAAAAAGAAAAACGGACGCCUUUGACACUGGUUACAGAACCACAGUGGGGCCUGCCUGGGGUGCAGCUCAGUGGUGAGAGCUUGCCUGGCCCUCGGGAGGCCCUGGGUUCUCUCCUUGCACCACAAACAAAACAAAGCAAAACACAAAACCAAACAAUGAAGUAUUUCUCUGCCGGCUCCAAGAAUGUUGGGUUGCUGUAUGCCCUUGGAAUGCGCGCAGUUAAAUGUCACUGGAGUUUCUCAGAACCUGUGGACUCCUGGCGCCGGCUUGCUCGUGAUCUUGGGGCUGAUCUCCGACCGCACAUUUCCAAAGGCCUUCGUUGCCCCUGGCUUCUCCCCAGACAGGCCCUGGAGCAUGUCUCCAAGUGAGCCGGGGCCUGGUUUGAAGUCCUGGAAGAUGCUUUAUGUCCCGCCUCUCCGCCAAAGGCCUUCGUGAUGACCGCCUUGCUUUCUCCCGGCUAUAUCAGGGUUCAGGCCUGUUUCUCCACUCAGAGCCCGGCAAGCAAUGUUUGAGGGCUGAAAAGCAAUCAACAAAAGAUUUGUAAUGACAAAAACACUGUGACUGGCUCCUAAGUCUACUGGAAACAGCUUUGUCGCAGUGAAUGUCCCUCUGUCUCUUUUUUUUGGGUACACGGGGGAUCAAACUUGGGACCUUGCACUUUCAAGGCAGGUGCCGGAACCAGAGCUAAAUCCCCAGCCCUGUCCCUCUCUUGAAACUGGCUGGGUCCUGGGUUGGCAUUCGUGGGCUCAUGACAACCUCCCUCCCACUGCACAUGGGUCUGAGUUGGGUGUCCUGGGGGGGUGCCAGGACCUGGGCUGCCUGAGCCCUUCUGAGCUGCUGCCCCAUGAAGCACAGAGAGGGAAAGGCACCUGCCCUGGGUGGCAGCAGUAGAGCAGUGAGCUGCCUCCAGGAGGCUGCUGGCCCUGCGGGGGCUGUAACUCCCCUCCAGGCUACAAGGCAGCCUAGACCAGGCUCCACCCCAGGCCUGUGAGUGGGAGGGAGUAAGCAGAUCCCUCUCAGCCCUGGCACAGGGAGAGUUAAACUGGGAGCCUCCCAGUCUCUGAGGCUGCCUCCCUUAGCAACCAUCUCAGUGGCAACAGGACACAAAGCUAAGGUGGGGCAGAGUAUGUGGGACCAGGGAGCAGACGCAGGCCAGCUGGACAGCAUGGACGCCGUGGACGCCACCAUGGAGAAGCUGCGGGCGCAGUGUCUGGCGCGGGGGCCCUCAGGCAUCCAGAGCCUGGCCAGGUUCUUCCGCCGCCUGGACCGGGAUGGGAGCCGGUCCCUGGACGCAGUGGAGCUGCAGCGGGGCCUGGCUGAGCUGGGGCUGGUUCUGGAGCUGGCAGAGGCGGAGGCCAUGUGCAGGCGCUGGGACCUUGAUGGCAGUGGGACGCUGGACCUGCAGGAGUUUCUGCGGGCACUGCGGCCCCCCAUGUCCCAGGCCCGGGAGGCCAUCAUUGCGGCCGCCUUUGCCAAGCUGGACCGCAGCGGGGACAGCGUGGUGACUGUGGACGACCUCCGUGGGGUGUACAGCGGCCGCAGCCACCCCAAGGUGUGCAGUGGGGAGUGGACAGAGGAGGAGGUGCUGCAGCGCUUCCUCGACAACUUUGACGCCCGUGACAAAGAUGGGCAGGUCACCCUGGAGGAGUUCCAGGACUACUACAGCGGGCUCAGUGCCUCCGUGGACACAGACGAGGAGUUCGUGGCCAUGGUGACCAGCGCCUGGCAGCUCUGAGAAGCAUGCCCAAGAGGCCCCCAGGUCCCUCCUCACCUGGCUGCGUGACCCCGAGCAGAGCCCAAAGGUGACACAGCAGGAAGGGGGGCUGGGCAGCAGAGCAGAAGAACCGGCCAGACCAGGACUCCUGUUGGGCCCCCGGCUAGCGGUCACUGGGUCAGGACCCCAGGGACAGUGGUGCUGCCCUCCUCUCCCAGCCCAUGGCCCCCGAAGCCAGGUAGAGGGGCAGGUCUGGGCAGAGGCCACGUGGGCCGGGCUGGGGGGUCCAUCUGGACAACUGCCCGGGCAUAGGCUCCCAGGGUGAGGCCCAGACUUCUUGGGGACCUCGCCUUGGGAGGCGGAGAUGGUCCUGGCCAGGCUGUUGGCUUCCUGAGGCCCCUGGGGCAUGCAGGAGGCCAGGAUUUUAGUUAAAAGUUUUAAUGUAGUUCCCAAAUACAUUUCAUAUGACAAUCUUACAUAAAUGUUCCAAAACACA